GUGUAAAAUAAAUCAUGAGUAUUGCAGUUAAAGAAGAUAUAUAGACAUAUUUUUUAUAUAUAAAACGUAAAGCACACAAAUCUCAACAUAUUUUCUUAGUGAAAAAUAUGAGUUUGGAAGUGGUGCCUGUUCACAGACAUCCAGAAUACCUAAUGGAUUGUUGCAAACUUUUAAACCAAGAAUGGAAGAGAUCAGAUACAGCCCGCUUACACAGUUUACAACAAUCUUGUGAUACCUUACCUACCUCACUGGUUCUUCUUAAAGAUAAACUUGCUAUUGGACAUCUUAAACUAUCCAUAAUUCCGAGCAUUCGAACUGCCUGCUUUGUAGAAUCAGUAGUGAUAGAGAAAAGUCUUCGAGGAAAAGGUUACGGCUCAAUUCUAAUGAAGGAAGCAGAAACGUUUUGUAGAAGUUUAGGAUUGGAUAUGAUAUAUUUAUCGACAAAAGGCCAAGAACAGUUUUACCAGAAAUUAGGCUACAAUCAAUGCGCUCCCAUUUCGAUAUAUGGAAGUUUUGUGCCUAAAAUUUCUGAAGUGCCAAAAAAUAUAAAAAAUUGCAAUUUAAAAUUAACAUCGACGCUUACUAAUGAAAUUAAUAACAGCUCUCCGCUACCCAUCACUCCCCUUGCUCCUCCACCACCCCCAUUACCAUCAAUAAACAGCAUCACUAAAACAAUUGCUACUUAUAUGAACAAAGAAUUAUAGCGUUAAAUAUGAGAUAUAAACGUAUAUUUUUGAGUGCUUGUGCUUUAUGAAAUCUUUGUUGUGUUUAUUAAAUUUAUUUUACAAU